CGAAAUAAUAUUAAAUGAGUAGUGAAUGCGCGCAAUUGUUGGAAAGAUGUUUUCGAGAAUAAAAAAAUAUAUUUUGCAUAAAGCAAAACCCAUAAUUCGAUUUAAGAGUUUAUAUGAUGUAGUAUCGUUAACACUAUAUAAAGUGUUUAUGACGUUAUGGAUAGAUGUAAUAAACUACAUAACAGAGUACACGGAAUAUAUGGACUACAUGAAUGGAUUACAUAACGAUUUUUGUGAUCUGGACCUAAAUAUUACUGAUACUUGUAUAAAUCUAUAUUUAGGAGAUAAUAUACAGUCGAAACAAAGGUUCAGUCAAAUAAAUCAUCAAGACUUAUCAGACUCAAAAUUAGUACUUAAGAACACUGGAAAAGCUUCAUGUUCAAAUCAACAAGAAGAAAAUGAAAAUAAAAAUGACCUAUUUCAUCCAUUCAGUAAAGUUGCUUUUUAUCCGUGGAGAGCACCAGAAAAUAAUUACUUCUUUGAGAGGGGUUUUAAGAGAUACAUCAAACCGACUGCUACAUACUUAAGUAAUGAAACGUCUUCUAAAUGUUUGACAAGUCAAGCAGCAAAUCCUAAUUGCAAAUCAACGGUUGUAAAAGAAUCAAAUGGAGAUUCUGAGGAAACAUUGUCAUCGAAAUCGUGGGAAUGCGACAUUUGUUUUGCUUUAAAUUUUGGCUCCACGUCGAGAUGUUAUUUGUGUGACAGUCUGCGACUAUCUAGAUUUACAGUUCGUCCAGAUAGAGUACAUACAAAUCAGAAGUGUGAUAAUUUGCAUUUGUUCUAAAUAAGAGUUAAUACUAAGGCAGUUUAUUGCAAACGAAUUAAAUGACAGAUCAUAAAGCAUUAAAAAGUGUAUAAACGUUACUACAUAAAUAACUGAAUAACUGCCAAAUCAAUCGUCGAUGGCUAACAACUUUGUGUGUUUUAACACAUCCCGAGUUUCUUUGUAAGCUGUUUGUUUGCAGAAGGAAUGUCGUCUUCUUAACACACUUGUAUAUAUUUGAGUGAACUAGAAAUUAUAUAUGUAUAUAUAUAGACACAAACUCGAUUUUUAUUUAUAGUAGCAUCGAAGUGUAAUGGCAUGACAAUAGAAACCGAAUAAUCGAAUUUCAAAUGGAUUUCAGUUGUAAUAUUGUGAAUUGUACGAUAUAAGAAAAAAUACUCAUUAAAACAACCUGCGUUGUUUCAUUUCCUUGUAUUUAAAAAAAAUAUUAAUAAAAUUCUUCACUUUG